CCCUCCACCACCACCAUGGCCUCUCACCACCACCCCCACCUCCCCGCCGCCCCCUCCUGCCACUGCCACUGCUACCACCAACCCACCUACCCUCCCUGCAACCCCCCUCCCCCUCCAAAUCCCCACAUCCUCCCCAUCUCCAUCCACCCCUCUCCCUCCCCCCAAAUCUACCUCAAUACCCAAGAAAGCUACAUUCAAGAACCAAGCCCCACCGCCAUUUCCUCCCUCCUCCGCCGCAUCGCCGCCCUCGAGUCCGCCUUCCUCCGCCGCUCCUCCUCCUCCCCCUCCCACUCCCUCCGCGACGCCGCCGCCCGCUCCAUCCAGUCCCACUUCAGAGCCUUCCUCGUGCGCAGAUCAAUUACCCUCCGCCACCUCAAGGAUUUGGCAUCGAUCAAAUCCAGCCUCGGAUUCCUCAAAUCUAGGGUUUCUCACAAGACCCACUUCGAUUACGACGCCGUUUACCGUAAAGCUACGAACUUGCUCCUCAAACUCGACGAUAUUCAGGGUGGUGAUCCCAUGAUUAGAAAUGGGAAAAUUUCUUUGAGCAGAGAGUUGUAUAAAUUUUUGGAUUUUAUUGAAGGGGCUUGUGUGCAGAGGAGGUUUGUGAAGCAGAAUUUGAGAUCUAGGGUUUCCAAUAUUGAGAAUAAACUAGGCAAUGUCGAAUCCGGGUUUUCGAAAAGGGAGAAGCUUAGGGGUUUGGUCGAAAGAAUUGAUAGAUUAGCUGAGGAGCUAGAAGAUGAGGAGGAGGUGGAGAUUGAAAAGCCUAAGGGUGAAUUGAUCAUGAGAAAAUACAGUGUUUCUGCGAACCCGAGCAGUGGUGGUGGUGGUUUGGUGAAGCAACGCGGUGGGGUUGGGCCAAAGGUGAAGAAAAACGUGACCUUUGCAGAGAAUGGGAAGGUUUAUCGAGUCUUGAGUAGACCUUAUCUAGAGGAUGGUUUGGAUGAUGAUGAGGAGGAUGAGGAAGAGCUUGUGGAUGAUCUUAGUCGGGAGAUUGAAGAGAUUGGGGUGUCAUCGAAGGAUGAAGUCGAGGAUGGUUCCUUGAGCAGUGAGGGUGAGAAAGAGUUCAGACAUUCUUCGACGAAGCUUGAUGAGGACGAACGUGGUGAAUCCUCCAUGUUCUCUGCGCCAUUGCCUGCGAAGAUGGAUAGGCGAAGCGGCUGAGGUUGAGGUGAGGUACAAGGUAGAUUAACAUUUUGAUGAGAUGGUGAGUGUUGUGACUUUAAAAUUAGUAGGCCAAGUUGGAUUGGUGUUGUGAUACUAUGUUAGUUUAAUGAGACAUUGAGUGAAAGUUGGGUAGGGAUAUGACCAUUUAUUUUUAUUGUGUAGAGGUGAUGAAUUGUAUUAACUUUUUGAUGUUAUUAUUGUUGAAAUUGGUGAUGAUGAA